AUGCCUCCAUCGCCGCUUCGUUCUCGCGGCACAAAGCACGGUCGCGAUGAAGGUUUUGGGUCUGAGACCGAAACCGACACCGUUGCCUCUUGCUCCAAAGCCCUACGCAAACGCCUGAAGAGAGGGCCAGCGAAGAGCCAUUCCCCAAGCCGCUGCCUAUCAACUCUUGAGUUGGAUGCAAACGGUAUUGUCUUUCGUGAGCUCGGUGAGCUCGGCGACAUAGCUGGUCCGCCUGGGGAAUUUCUCAGGCAGAUCAAGAGCGCGAUUCAGCAUCGGCGCGGUAUACUGCCCUGCUCGUUUGUCUCCGAGUUUCAAGGCCAAGAUGCCUCCGCGCCUGGCUGGACCUUUGUAGCCGAUGACGCUCCUCAUUUGUUUUCCAGCGACCGGGAGGGUCUGGGCCACACGCCCUCGCCUGAGUGCGUUGCCUUCAUCCUUGCAGGUGCGGCUGAGAUGAACACCAACAGGCACGAUGAGGCCAGCUGGAACAGCGAGGUGCAUAGUGAAGUCCUCAAAGCUGCACUGAACCCCCCGGGAAUGGGCAGGUACACACAUUUGAUCAACUACCAGCCAUGUUCCUCUGCCUCCAUCAUCCCUGACUACCAUCAACCGGCCGUCAAAGGCCGCAAGGUGGAUUUUGCCAUAUACAUUGACCCCACCAACGAUCCUCAUCGAGCCCCAACAAAUGAAGCCAUCACCGACCUUCGCCGGAAGCUUCCCAAAGGUGCCCUCAACCACACCGACUACCACCCCUUACGCUGCCGCCCCGUCGCAUUCAGCAUAGAGACCAAGCGCACGGGCGAAAAUUGGGAAGUCGCCAAAUUGCAACUUGGCACCUGGCUCAGCGCUCAGUGGCAAUUCCUGCAGCGCCUGGUCGAGCUUCGCCAAAAGGGCGCCGUCUCCAAGCGCGGCGAUGGCGAUGCUGGUCAUGGUGUGGCGGUGCAUCAGCUGCCCCCCUUUCUGCUGGGCAUCAUCAUCCAGGGGCACGACUGGUACCUCGUCCUUAGCACAAGGGAGAAGAACCAGACAAUUGUCUGGGAAAAAGCCUCGAUUGGUUCUACCGCCGAUGCCCUCGGCGUGUAUAAGAUUACUUAUAUGCUGCAGCUGUUGCGGCGAUGGGCGCAGGACACGUACUGGCCGUGGCUGCGAGGAGUAAUGGAUAUAUGA